CCUGCAGGCAACGCCCAUGGUCCUGGACUGCGCCUUCACGGACAUCCACUUAGGGACAUCCACUCUCUCCACUUUCAGAAAAGUUCGGACAAAGUGAAUUGGGGUUGGGGUUGGGAGAUGGCAGCUGCUCCCUCUGCUUCCUCUGUGCCCCCUUUCAGGAGCCCCCACCUCCAACCCCCUCCAUCCUUCCCACACUGACACCCAGCUCCCAGACCCUCCUUUGCUUUCUUUGAUUCCCUGACCUCGGUGGGGUCAGCCAUGUCAGCUCUGCUCCCUGCUGGUUUUAUUCUCCUCCCUAUCCCUGUCUGCUGAACUGUUUCCAAGUCCUCACCCUGCCAUUCUCCCGCCCUUUCUCUCCACCUCCACAGCUUUCUCUCCUACUCCAUUUUAUCUAUCCAACUUCUUACUCACACCCGCACGGUCCCUCCACCCACCUUCCUAACCUUCUCUCCCCCAAAUCCUGACCAUGGAUUCUGAGCCUUCUUGGACUGCCCCUCCCUCUCCUGGGGGCACUCUGUCUGUCCCCAAUGCUACCACACCCUGGCUGGGCAGGGAUGAAGAGCUAGCCAAGGUGGAGAUUGGGAUCCUAGCUACUGUCCUGGUUCUGGCCACAGGGGGCAACCUGGCUGUACUGCUGACACUGGGCUUCCAGGGCCGCAAGCGUUCCCGCAUGCACCUGUUCGUGCUGCACUUGGCCCUGACUGAUCUGGGCGUGGCGCUUUUCCAGGUUCUGCCUCAGCUGCUCUGGGAUAUCACCUACCGCUUCCAGGGCUCUGACACCCUUUGCCGGGCUGUCAAGUAUCUGCAGGUGCUCAGCAUGUUCGCUUCCACUUACAUGCUGCUGGCCAUGACGCUGGACCGAUACCUGGCUGUCUGUCACCCCCUUCGCAGCCUCCAGCAGCCCAGCCAGUCCACCUACCCUCUCAUUGCGGCUCCCUGGCUGCUUGCUGCCAUCCUCAGCCUUCCUCAGAUUUUCAUUUUUUCUCUGCGAGAGGUCAUCCAGGGCUCGGGGGUACUGGACUGCUGGGCAGAUUUCUACUUUUCCUGGGGGCCACGGGCCUACAUCACCUGGACCACCAUGGCCAUCUUUGUGCUCCCUGUGGUUGUGCUCACAGCCUGUUAUAGCCUCAUCUGCUGUGAGAUCUACAAGAACCUGAAAGUCAAGACACAGGCUGGCAGAGAGGAAAAAAGUGGCUGGAGGACUUGGGACAAGUCCUCAUCUCCUGCCCCUGCUGAUGCCACUAGAGGGCUGCCAUCCCGAGUCAGCAGCAUCAGCACCAUCUCCAGAGCAAAGAUCCGAACUGUGAAGAUGACCUUUGUCAUUGUGCUGGCCUACAUCGCUUGCUGGGCACCCUUCUUCAGUGUCCAGAUGUGGUCUGUGUGGGAUGAGAACGCCCCCAAUGAAGAUUCCACCAACGUGGCUUUCACCAUCUCAAUGCUUUUGGGCAACCUCAGCAGCUGCUGCAACCCCUGGAUCUACAUGGCCUUCAACAGCCACCUGCUGCCGCGUUCCCUGAGUCACCGCGUCUGCUGCAGGGGUUCGCAGCCCCGGGUGCACAGGCAGGUCUCUGACAGCAGCCUGGCUAGCCGCCGCACGACACUGCUGACCCACUCCAGCGGUCCGUCUACCCUCCGUCUCAGCCUUCACCUCAGCCUCCAGGCAAAGCCCAGGCCUGCAGAGUCACAGAAGGAUUUAGAGCAGGGGGAUGGAGAAGCCGCCGUGGAGACCAGCAUCUUUUAGAGAAGACUCCCUGGAACCUGGCUCUACACAUCUCAGCCAUUGGGAAUAAGGGCUAAGCGGGUCGGUGAUGGUACUGAGUGGAGCCUAGUUUGAGGCAGGGUAAAGAGGCCAGAAUGGCUGCCAUUACCCUAGGUGUCAUGACAGCCCCAAGUGUGAGUACUGGCCGUUCUCUCUCAAUUUAGAUUGCUGGAAACCAAGAGAAUCAAACUUCCUGUUCCUUCUCCAUUCAUAAGGGCACCCACAAAC